AUGAUCAUGGAGGCCAAUCUCCAGAACUCCACUGAUUUCAUCCUCUUAGGCCUCAUCACCCACCCUGCAUUCCCUGGGCUUAUCUUUGCAGUAGUCUUCUCCAUUUUUUUGGUAGCUGUAUCAGCCAAUGUGGUCAUGAUUCUGCUCAUCCAUGUGGACUCUCGCCUCCAUACACCCAUGUACUUUUUACUCAGCCAGCUCUCCAUCAUGGACACUGUUUACAUCUGCAUUACUGUUCCCAAGAUGCUGCAAGACCUUCUGUCCAAGGAAAAGAUCAUCUCCUUCUUCGGAUGCGCACUUCAGAUUUUCCUCUACCUGACGCUAAUUGGAGGUGAAUUUUUCCUGCUAGGUCUCAUGGCCUAUGACCGGUAUGUGGCUGUAUGCAAGCCCCUUCGGUACCCUCUCCUCAUGAACCGCAGGAUUUGCUUGUUCAUGGUGGUGGGUUCUUGGGUUGGUGGCUCCUUAGAUGGAUUCAUGCUGACCCCCUUCACUAUGAGUUUCCCCUACUGUGGUUCCCGAGAAAUUAAUCACUUUUUCUGUGAGAUCCCAGCUGUACUGAAACUGUCAUGUGUUGACACGUCUCUCUAUGAGACUCUGAUGUAUGCCUGCUGUGUGCUAAUGCUACUCAUUCCUAUAUCCGUCAUCUCUGUUUCCUACACACGCAUCUUGCUCACUGUCCAUCGGAUGAACUCUGCUGAGGGCCGGCGCAAAGCCUUUGCUACCUGCUCCUCCCAUAUUAUGGUAGUAAGCAUUUUCUAUGGGGCAGCCUUCUACACCAAUGUGCUGCCCCAUUCCUACCACACACCAGAGAAAGACAAGGUUGUAUCUGCCUUCUACACCAUCCUCACCCCAAUGCUCAAUCCACUCAUCUACAGCUUGAGGAAUAAAGAUGUGGCUACAGCUCUAAGAAGAGCGCUGAGUAGAUGCCCCUCCUCCCAGCGAAUCAGAGUGGCGGAUUUGUUCAGAACUACUAGAGAGAGCUGA